UGUGUGUCGCAGGUGGGGGUAACCUGCCGCUCGCCGUGCCGUGCGCGAGUACUGAACCCGCCUCUCUCCUCGUGGGAUGGACGACAACUUUGGGGAUCAUGUGAUCGAGUCAUAUGGCCAUCACUUGGAUUAAUCUAAUCGCAUUGAUAGACGGAGUUAUUACAACUGUUUUCAAGUGACGGUAAUUAGAAAUUACAACAAUUCGUACUCAUCCUUGGAAAAGAGAAAUUAAGCGAUAGAAGUAAAGUAAGGGAAAGAAAAGAAAUGAACAAAUCGAAGAAAUAUUCUUAUAUUGUUUCGACAUUUAAAUCUAUUUGAGAAGAUCUUUUCGUCUCCUGGAGUGUAUUUACGAACACACACGACGACUUUUUCCUCCUGUGUUACUUACUGGAAAAAACGGGGGGAAAUCCAAACUAAAAAGGACCGGGUGUUUUGUGGAUUGAAUUUCUCCUCGGCGAUGCCUCAUCAGUGAAACUACAGACCAGACUCUCGGGUAUAUUAUAUCUACUACUACCAACACACAGGAUCAUGGACGUCUACAGUUACCGUUCCGAAGUCCAACUUCUGAUAACGGUCUCGAUUUUCUUCUGUCUGUCAGAUGGGGUGUUCACGAGUGAGAGGGUCAUUGAUGAGACCCCAAUGACCAUAAGAGUGGUGUCCGGCACGACAGCCCUAUUGCCCUGCAGCGUGGAUCCGCGCUAUGCCGAGCAGUACGCUGAUGAGUAUAAGGUCCUGUGGACAAACCCUGAGGGCACGGCUAUCAGCAUGCAGGACCGACGGAUCAUCAACGACGUCCGCAUGAGUGUGGAGCGGCCAUUCCUCAAGGACUGGAACCUACACAUCAGGAACGUGAGCCUCACAGACGCCGGCCUGUAUAAGUGCCAAAUCAACACGGACCCCGUGGGCACCAAGAAGGUGAAGCUGGUGGUGCAAGAGCCCCCAAAGAUAGUGGAGCACUCCAUCCCCAUCGAUGUUGAGAAACCGGAAGGAGAGAACGUGGAUCUGUUCUGUAAUGCCACCGGCACGCCACCGCCUCAGAUCUCCUGGUAUCGUCUGUACAAGAACAAGUCAGGAAAAAGAGAAAGAGUGGGUCUCAUCGGGGAUUCUCUGGUGAUCCACAAUAUCUCCAGGGUCUGUGCUGACGAUUAUGAGUGUGUGGCCGAUAACGGGGUCCAGCCCGCCAUGAGCCAGGUCUUCAAGGUCACCGUGCAUUACCCCCCAGAAGUGCGCCUACCCAACACCAGACUGGGUCAGCACAAAGGCAAAGACACAAUCUUAGAGUGUGAAGUGUCGGCCUCUCCUUUAGGAUACGCGGCCUGGAAGCAUCGUGGAAGAACUUUGAUCAACUCCCACACCCACGAGCUGACUCUGUACAACAGUAACCCAGACGAGGGCAUCAUUCUCAGUCUUCGUAUUCUGAGGGUGGAGGCAGAGGACUUCGGCAAGUACGUCUGUGAAGCCAAGAACACACUAGGAGUUACUUACAAGACUAUGGAACUCUAUGAACUUCAGCCAAAGAGACCGCCCACUACGACCACAACCACGACGACAUCGAGGCACGUCUGGAUCCACAAGAGACCCCCUGGCGUCAUAGAGGUGGACAAUCCAAGCGGUCACGUGACCUCAAACAACCGGCACGGUGACCCGGGCGUGGUCAGGGACAGAAACCCUCACCGUCAGCUGGUCUCCCAUGACGACGCUCUCAGAUCGGAAGAAAGCGACUCAGGACCCUCAGAUGGGAGAUAUUCAGAUGUAAGAUCCAACAACAACGGAGAUGAAAACACGGCUGCUCGAUGUCUCCUGCAGGUUCCCGCUUAUCGGCUGCUUCUGGCGUUAUUGACAACGAUACUUUUCUGGAACAUGGCUACCAGAUAAUACACAGACUCCCUUCACAGCCCAAGACUACUUUAUUACCUUGCUAUUUGAGACCUGAGAAAAUGCAUGACAGGACAAUCUUGCGCCAUUAAAGGCCAGACAUUUUUAUUGGUAGCUCUCCGAGGUUAUUGAUUAGGAGCAUUCAGCGAGCGACAAGUGUAAUUAAUAAGCUCGUGAACUGUGUAAAUCAGAGACAGAUUUUGAGAUUCGUGACAGAGCAGUUUACUACGCUCUUCUUACUUUUUGUAGUUGUUAAUAAUCUUGAUUAAUGUGUUGUCCAGUAACGAAUAUGUACUAAAUUUUCGUCAAAAUGCUCGUUGACAUCACUGAAAUAUUUUAUUAAAGCAGUAAAGUUUGUACUUGACACUUGACUAAAAUUGUUUUAGUAACUCUAAAGAUAGUUUUCAAAAAAGAAAAGCUACUGAGCCAAUCUGUAGUUCUCUGUCGUAAAAAGAGUAUCCAAUCUAAAACAAAGAGUCAAAAUGAUUUAGAGGUAAAAGAAUGUAGUGUUCUGAUACAUUUUCAAGAACAUUGGGGCCAAUGUCUAAAUGACGUUCUAUGAAUUGACAGUUUGCUUGCUAUGUAACUAUUAUACAUGCUAAUUAUUUUGUAGAAUAAACAUAUGUGUGGUAUUUGGGACGACUGAGAAAGAGAGAAGGAUAGGGAGAGAGAGAGAAAAAGAAAAAAAGAG